AUGAACGAAUCAAUUUCAAAUAAAAUUGAUAUCAAACAGGAAAAUGUUUGUAUUGGUAGUUCGCCCGGUGAUCUACGUAUACAAUCAACAUCCACAUCGAAUCGUAAUCAACCUAUGAUGCGUACAUCAAGUGUAGAAGGUUCCAGUUCAAUGACAAUUCUUGUUCAAAAUCCAUUUGAUGAUACUCAUCAUGUAUCACCGAGUACAGCAUUAUUGCAUUCACCAUCAAAUGACACGACCUCAAAAUUCAUGAUUAAUUCACCACAGAUUUCAUCUGGUUCGUCUGUUCCACAGUCACCAUCGAAACAACAUAGUCUGACGAAUUUACAAUCACCUCGAAAUAUUGCCACGCCAAAUCAAAUGGGUACAUCAACUCAUUUAAUUUCUAGUAACAAUAACCAAGAUAGACUUUUAGAUUCACCAUCGCCAAAUAGACCACAACAAGCACCAUCGCGUAAUGUUGCGACAAUUAUCGAUUCAUCGCCGACAGCCGCUACUGCCGUGUCACAAGCAAAUUUUCAACAACAACAGCGUAAUACAGUUCAGCCGAUGAUGCAGCCAAGACAUCCUGGUCCAAGCAAUGCUGCUACCCAAAUGCUUGCAGGAACACGCACUCAACAACCUCAUGUUCAAUAUAAUCGAGAUUUAUUAGUGAAUUAUGGAAUUAACGUUCCUCUCCUUCGUCCACCAGGUAACAGUAGUUCGUUUGUUACAACAAAUUCCGAUCAAACUUCUUCCACAAGUCCUCCAACGGCUUCACCGUUGGCAGCGGGCCAGUCAACGUCCACAACGUCACUUAUUCCUUUACCAAAUAAUAUCGGUAUUAAUAUUCCCCAUACGAACCCAAAUCAGCCAUCUAUCACGCCAAUGUUAAACUUAGGGCAAUUUUCACAUCCACUUGUCACUUCACAAACGAACUUUAUUCCAAAAGAAAAUCAUUUACAAUUAAAUACAAAUCAUCCUCAACAUUCUCAAUCGACUAAUAAUACAAUUGAAUUAAAUCGCCUGUUUAGCCAGCAACAGCACUCACCAAAUACUCAACAAGCACGUUCAACUCCAUCGUUAGCUAAUACCUCCAAAACGAAAAGGCCACCGAAUAGUAAUAAUAAUAAUCAAGUAAUCCAGCCCCAAUUAGCAAGUAACCAACAACAGCAACAGCAAAUGCAGUAUCAUUUAAUUAAACAGCAACAGCAGCAGCAGCAACACAUUUCUUAUCAACAACAACGUCAAUCGUCACAGCAGCUACCGCCUCAAUAUAUCAGCACAAAUGACAGCUCCUGUACUGCUUAUCGUACGAAUAUGCCAAGUGUUAGUGAUGGUUUGAUACAAACAAGACAAAUGCCAACUAUGCCUGUUAAUCCACAACAAAAUCAAGCGUUACAACAAGCGCUGAUAGCCACCGAUGAUAACAUUUUAAAAUCAUUACUACAAAUAAAUCCGCAAACGAAUCCUGACAAUCCAUCAUGUGAAAUGACUACUCCAUUGGGUAAACCAAUGAGUGGUGUUGUCUCUACUCUGAUUCAUCAACAGUCAACAAAUGCAGAAGUUAUUUCAAAUGGUGAUUUAUCGUCAGAACAAUAUGAUGGAACCCAACAACAGUUUAAAGGGAUAGAUCCAUCAACACAAAAUUUGAAAGAUUUAUUUAAUUCAUCAAGCAAUACCAUUUCAUCUACUCAUCACAUGCAUCAUUCUCCAACGAACAGUGUUGUCAUUGCAUCUAAUCUUCAGAAUCAUCAUCAACAACAACAAAGUACAAGUACAAUACCUCAACAACAAAACGCAGCGUCAAGCAAAGUGACAAAACCAAGAAAAAAACGGAAAGCAAAUGAAUUAAAUGCAUCCAUAGACGAAGAUAUUGGAACAACAGCAAAAGUUCGAAAAAGAAAAAAAAAAAGCAGUGAAGAAACCGAAAAAUUUGUUAAAAAUUCCUUACAACAAUUGCGAGAUUUACCAAUGUUAAAUCCAAUGGAGCCGUCCAUUGACAUCAGUAAAGAACCGUAUUCCAUCAUUGGUUUAUCAGAUAAACAAUAUAACAGUGAAGGCGACUUUGGUGAUGUUUAUAUUGAAACAAUUGAUGAUUAUUACAGACCAGAUCCUUUGAGUGCAUUAUCAGCUCUCGAACGUCGUUAUCGCGUUUGUUCUACAUUAUUUGAUCAUCCACCAAAAUUACCAUCGCCACCACUGACAUUAGAUUCAUGUGAAAAAGUUCGGGAACUAUUGUUGGCUUUAUCAAAUACAAAAAAGAUCAAAAAUACUACCAACAACGAUAAAAAUACUACGGAACAAUCGUCUCAGUCUCAAACCCUAACCGAUACACCAUGUUCGCCGAGUCCACCAGAAAGUAUUGUUUCGGCAUCAACACUAUGCGAUGAAGAAUUGGAUGAUGAAGCGGCAAUGACAGACGAAAAACGUUUACAACAACGUUUACGAGUCGAAGCAGAAAAUAUUCGAUUAUUAAAAGCACUCACAAAAUGUUAUUCAAACGAAUUACGUUCAAUUAGUCCAGUUUUAUUACCAUCUGAUCAACCAACAAUCAAAACUGAACAAAAAGAAUUUGAUGAAUCAACAGCGCUCGCCAAAUUAAAUAAUGAUAAUAAAACUGUAGCGACAAAUUCAAGUGGUGGAAGUAAUAGUGAUGCGAAUGGACGACCAAUUCUAGGUGGUGUUGAUAAGGUAUCAGUUACAUUAACUCUAACAACUGAGGCAUCAAACGAUGUUCAAAGUGUUAUAGCCGCUGUUGCUGAUCUUUUAAAAAUUGCCUAUCCGUCAUCAGUUGAUGUUCGUCAUCCAGUUUCAAAUUAUUCAUCAACAAAAACAGCAGGAUUAAAUUCUACAUCAUCUAUAGCACAUUCAAAUCCUGCAACGACUUUGUGCAAUGGUGAUUAUAAUUCUCUAGAUUGUUUUACAAAAGGAUGUAUUUGUUCGACAAUCACAACAAUGAAUUGUACGUCUACAUCUGUAAACAAUAAUAAUAAUAUAUUUAACAAAUCAUAUACACAUCCAAGUCGAACCGUGUAUAAAUGUGGUAGAGAAACAGGUGUCAGUAUACAAUCACUUAUUGAAAUGCAACCAAAAUAUUGUCGAAAUUGUAAUAUAAAAUUAACUACCGAUAAUUUAUUUAAAAAACGUCUCAAUGAAUUACCGGCUUCUAUCAAAGAAUAUUUACCAUUAUCUGAACCAUUUGUCUAUUUUUGCAAUGAACAGUGUUAUAAUCUCUAUUUAACUAAUAUACAUUGUCCCCCACCAUCUUCCUCUUUAACUAUUAAUACACAAUUGCCAACAUCGACAGCAACUACAUUCACAUCUCCACAAACAUUAUCAAUGCCGUUAAUCAAAAAUGAACCGAUGGAAUCACCACCACUACCAUCUACAUCGUCUGGAACAUCAACAGCAGUCGAUGUCGUAUCACCAAAUGGAAAGAAAAAAGCAACAUUAAAACGGCGGCAAGAAAGUGUUAGCAAGCCAAUUGAAAAACGUUGGAAAGAUCUUAGAUGGAAACGUUGGGAUCCUAGUGCCACAUUGAAAACCAUCAUACGUUUACCUAAUACAAAUGAAAUUGAACAGUUAAUAUGUGAAUUAAAAUUAACAUUAACAACAAAUGCUAAAAAAGAUACUCGUGUUUGUUCAUUUUGUAAUGGUUCUGGCGAUAUGGAAACAAAUGGACCGGGACGUUUACUUAAUCUUGAUGUUGGCAAAUGGUGUCAUUUAAAUUGUGCAUUAUGGUCAUCGGAAGUCUAUGAGACAAUGAAUGGAGCAUUAAUGUCUGUUGAUCUAGCGUAUAAACGAUGUUUAAAUAUUGAAUGUGCAUCGUGCAAACAAAAAGGCGCUAGUUUAAUGUGUUUUCAUCCACGUUGUCCAAAUACAUAUCAUUUUCCGUGUGCGGUUAAUAAUGGUUGUGGUUUUUAUAAAAAUAAGACAAUUAUGUGUCCUCUUCAUACAGCACGCACAGGUACAAAUGAUCAAAUACUCGAUGAUAAAUCUGUAUUUAGAAAAGUUUGGAUUAAUCGCGAUGAAGUUAAACAAAUCCAGAGUUAUAUGAGUCAAGAACACGAUGAAACAACAUACACAUUGCGUAUUGGUAGUCUUGUACUACAUAAUGUUGGUCAACUUUUACCACAUCAAUUACAAUCAGCAGCAUUUCAUAAUCGAAAUUUUAUUUAUCCAGUUGGUUAUUGUAUUACGCGAUUUUAUUGGUCAAUGAAUCGUCCAAAUCGACGUUGUGCCUAUAUAUGUUCAAUAAUCGAUGUAAAUAAUAGACCAAUGUUUCGUGUUAAAGUUAGAGAAGAAGAAUAUCCUGAGGAAGAAUUUACGGAAUUAACAGCAAAAGCUGCUUGGCACAAAAUUGUUAACAGUAUUGAUACAUUACGUCGACAAAAUGGUUUAGUAAAAAUGUUCACAAUGUUUGUUAGCGGAGAAGAUUUAUAUGGUUUAACGGAACCCCAUAUCAUUCGUUUGAUAGAAUCUUUACCAGGUGUUGAAACAUUACAAAAUUAUGCAUUUAAAUAUGGUCGAUUACAAUUGUUAGAUAUGCCAUUGACAUUAAAUCCAACAGGAUGUGCUAGAAGUGAACCAAAAUUACAAACACAUUUUCGACGACAUGCUCUAACAUUAACAAGUUCAAAUUCUACACGAAGUGCAUUACCAAGAACUGUUCUCGGUAUUGAAGAUCAUCCACAGAUACCUUAUGUUAAACACUUUGUAUUAUCAAAAUCCACACAAUAUAGAAAAUUAAAAAUUGAAUGGCGUCAAAAUGUUUUUUUAGCUAAAUCACGUAUUCAAGGUCUUGGUUUAUUUACUGCACGUGAUUUAGAAAAACAUACAAUGGUCAUUGAAUAUAUUGGUGAAUUAAUUCGAAAUGAAGUGGCAAAUAAACGUGAAAAAUUGUAUGAACAACAAAAUCGUGGAAUAUAUAUGUUUCGUAUCGAUGAUGAACAUGUUAUUGAUGCGACAAUGAGUGGAGGACUAGCGAGAUAUAUUAAUCAUUCUUGUAAUCCAAAUUGUGUUGCUGAAGUUGUGCAAAUUGAAAAAGAUAGUAAAAUAAUAAUUAUAACAAAUAGACGAAUAACUAAAGGAGAAGAGCUUAUGUAUGAUUAUAAAUUUGAUUUUGAAGAUGAAAGUUCAAAAAUCCCUUGUAUGUGUGGUGCAUCAAAUUGUCGUAAAUGGAUGAACUGA